CUUUCCCAAGGCCGAUCUGCGGUCUGGCUAAACCAACGGCUAACUAAAGUCUGCUCUGGUGUGCCACACGCAUACCCUAUUACUACUACGCCUACUACAAGUCCUCUCUGCUGUGCUUCUCUGUACUCCACUGUACUGUCUUCUACCGUGCCAUGCCGAAUGGGACAACACGCAAGCACAAAUAUCUACCUCCACUACACUACACACUUCAUACCGUGUGCGUGUGCGUGUGCGUGUGCCCGAUUGUUUCUUAUUUCUCCCCCAUAAUAUAACUAGAAAAAGGAUCAAUCAUAUCGACCUCCGACAUCCUGAUCCUCUAAUACUCCACCCAGGGAGAGCUUCCUCCUCUCAUGCCUGGUAAUAUGAGCCACAAAGCCUGCACACAAACAACACAUCCACGCACUAUUGAAAUCUGCAACUUGCUGUCGCCAGCCGUCCCAUCCGAUACUUGGAUGGACCUUCCUAUCUGAAGCCCACCAGCCCUGUAUCUGAUCCGACUGCAAGAAACCUUCAACCGACAGACAUCUAUCAUCUCAUAGACUUCACCUUUAAUCCUCGGGCCUCGUGAUUCUUACUUGCGCCCGUCGACCAUCCGAACCACGCUUGAUGCAUACGAUACGCCACAGGAGCCUGCUCGACAGCGCUGAGGAAAAGAGGCCGUCCUCAGCCCGACAAUCACCCGCCUACCAACUCAAAAUACAAUAACCCUAUGCCAGGGUCGCUCCAUUCUCGCCUGUCGAUGGUGGUGGGCAACGAAGGCGAGGCCGGAGACGCCAUGGCGGGGGAGCCCAUCGAACGCGCCAGUCUGUGCCUGCCCGAUAUCACACGAGGGGUCGUGAGCCACCAGGGAGAAGAUGGGUUUGGCGGCAUUCUCAAGCAGUAUUAUAAUACCCCCGAGAACGAUGCGCUGGAGAGGCUCGUCCUACUCAAGAAAAGACUCAGAGACGCUAACACCCACGAUUUUUGGACGGCGCUGUUGAGGGAGGUGUGCGAUAUUGGACAUGCGCAGUGCGGCUUUGUUGCGAAGCCGGCAGACCCGGAUCCUUCGAGUGCAGCUGUGGGAAUACCGCUUCUGGGGGACCCGGGGUCGGAUAUCCUGGGGGUGGGGUUCUACCUCAAUAGCGGGGGUGACGUGGACCAGAUGCAUCAUAACUACCGAUACCAUGUGCAGGGCACGUCUUGUAUCCAUAUGCAGAACGACAAGGUGUUCCUCAUUCCGGAACGACUGACCGACUUCGUCAAGGACGGCUGGGACAAGAUGCCGUGGGAGAACGCGGAGGCUUAUCUGGGGAUACCUAUUUCGCAUGGAGGGAGUCCGGUCGCCCACUUCGCGAUGGUAUGGACGGCCGAAGGCGCGGCAAAGCGAAAAUUGAGCUGGGCCUUCCUCGAAAUGUUCAUGCACGGACUCGAAGACAUGAUUCUAGAGCGCCUGCUCGAGGACAAAGGGGCUGCUGAAGAGCCAAAGCGCAAAUUACAAGCUUCUACCCGUAUUGUGCCCAUCGAUGCCAUUACCGCUUCGCAGACCCUGAAACCGUAUGCUCGUAGUCUUUCGCACGAGCUGAGAAGCCCUAUGCAAGGCGUAGUGGGGAUGUUGGAUAUGAUGUACUCUACAGUUGUAGACGCCAUUGCGAGUCAGAUGUAUCCAAAGGCUGCGGCUGUGUUUGAGGAGCUAAAGGCUAAUAUGGAGACCGCCCAAGAUAGCUCCAAACGCGCUGUUGAAGCUGUUGACAAUGUAGUUCACGCAUAUGAUCUCAACAUGCAAAUGCCAGAGACUCCACUAGAUAAUAGUGACUCUGAACUCGCCAACGCUCCAAUAUUCGCUCCUCUGGCUGACCCUUUCCGACCUGACAUCGUUAUUGAGGGUUCUGGGAUACCACUCGUAGCAGCGACGAAUAAACGACAAAGAGACGAUGAAGUGGGCUUCCACCCUGGCCCUCCAAUGAAGAGAUUACCAUCCAUAACGGAGGGAGGCCUGCGUAAAGUAUACGACGACUGUAGCUCACCAACUACGUCUGUUGUCGCAGAAGCCGACGAAACAUCAACAGUAGAUUUAGACACCACAGAGAGACACCACUUCUCCCAAUCACCCUCACCCAGCUUUCCACUCGCCAGCCCUGACGAAAUAAUGCGAACUCCAGCCGUAUCGCCACCACCCCUCUUCAACAAAAACUUAACCUCCGACCGCCGUCAAAUUUCCACUCGAUCAUUCAUACGAAACCUAGUCGACCAGGCCAUAAGAAGCAUGCGUCCCGUCGACAAAGUGCGCGUCCCACACAACAUGGGCGAGCUGAUUUACGUCAAAACCGAAGGACCCCGCGGCGACAUCGACGAAUUAACAAUAAACGUCAUAGUUAGCCCCGAAACCCCCGAGCGCAUCAUAACAAAAGAACUGCACCUCACCUUCGCCGUCAUGAAAGUGGUCGACAACGCCAUCAAAUUCACCCCCAACGGCGAAAUCACAAUCCACAUGCGCCUCUCCCGCAACCGCCAACUCGUCGAGAUAAGCGUCCUCGACACCGGCUGCGGCAUCUCCCAGGAAUCAAAAGAACACCUCUUCAAACCCCACUUCCAGGAGGACGCAACCAUAAGCCGCUCCCGCGACGGUCUCGGCCUCAGCUUAUUCAACGCCAAAGCGCAUGUACGACGAAGCUUACGCGGCGAAAUGACACUAGAGCGCUCAGCCAUCUCAGGACCAAAUAAAGGGUCUGAAUUCCUCAUCCGCUUCCCCCUCGAAGUCCACCGCGAUCGCGCUUCCUCACUCCCACCAAAGACACCCGCACAACUCAUCGCUAGCCCGUCUAUCUCCCCACGCGCCUCCCCGCUACUACAAUCCCUCUCCACGAAUGGAUAUGCGAGCUACCCCUCCCCCGGCCUGCCUACCCGUCUAUUCACCCCGAUCCCUCCACCGGCGCUGGUUACUCGGCCUGCGAUGAAGAAAUCGAGUUUCGAUCGCGACCUCGCGAGUCGGAUCCCGCUUACUUUUCUCGUAGCGGAGGAUAACGCCGUGAACCGCAGUAUUCUAGUUGGGUUCCUCAAGAAGCUCGGGUACGCUGCUGCGUCUAUCUCGAUCGCGUUUGAUGGCGCAGAGGCGGUGGAACAGUAUGCGGCGUCGCUGGCCGAGGGGGGGGUGCAGAUUGAUGCCGUGUUGAUGGAUUUGUGGAUGCCGAAUGUGGAUGGGUAUGAAGCGACGGAGAGGAUUUUGGAGAUGGCUGCUGCAAGGAAGAGGGAGGGGGAUGGCGAGGGGCCGGUGGUGUUCGCCGUCUCGGCGGAUAUCACGAGUGAUAGUCUUGCGCGCGCGAAGGGGGCGGGGAUGAGGGGGUUCGUGAGUAAACCGUAUCGGGUUAUGGAUAUUCAGAAGUUGAUCGUGGAGCAUUUUGGGGAUCGCGAGGCAAGUUGA